CACUCACUGACGGCUGGAUUCAAUUCCCUCUCCUCCAAAAUUGUAACCUUAUUUAAAAAAAAAAAAAAAAAACCCUAAAAGGAAGCCUCUUUGUCUAAUUAUUUGGUAGUUCUGGAUUCCGAAUCAAAGGUCAAGGACUAGAAGGGGCCAAUCGCCAAAUAUCAUGAAAUGAAAUGAAAUGCUCACCGAUCAUCUCCGUCUCAAACCUCGCAUCCAAAUCGCCAUUCUUCUCCUUCUUAACCACCUACACCACUCGCUCUCUCCCCUCUAAUCCAUCUCUCACCUUCCCGAUCUUCACCGAUUCCUCCCAAUCCCUCAGAAACCUCGCCGUCUCUCACCGUCGGUACUUCUCGAUCAUGGCCGGAACUGUCGCAGAGGAAUUCGUCAAGGGAAAUGUUCAUCCCAAUGGAGUCGCUGUUAUCACUCUCGAUCGCCCCAAAGCCCUCAACGCCAUGAAUUUAGCCAUGGAUGUUAAGUACAAACAGUUUCUUGAAGAAUGGGAAGAGGAUCCCAAGGUUAAAUGUGUUUUGGUUGAGGGCAGCUCGCCUCGUGCUUUUUGUGCAGGUAUGGACAUUAAAGGUGUUGUUGCCGAAAUUCAAAAGGACAAAAACACACCUCUUGUGCCUAAGGUGUUCACUGCUGAGUAUUCUCUAAUAUGCAAAAUUUCUGGGUACAAGAAGCCUUAUAUAUCUUUUAUGGACGGAAUAACAAUGGGCUUUGGAGUUGGCCUAUCUGGUCAUGGUCGCUUCAGGGUUGUCACAGAGAGGACUGUUCUCGCUAUGCCAGAAAAUGGAAUUGGCUUGUUUCCUGAUGUUGGGUUUUCAUAUAUAGCAGCACAAACACCAGGAGGAGGCUCUGUUGGUGCUUAUCUUGGACUGACUGGAAAAAGGAUAUCUACGCCCUCUGAUGCGCUCUACGUAGGUCUUGGGACACACUAUGUGCUAUCCACGAAAUUAGCCUCACUGAGGGAGGCCCUUCUGGCUUUUAGCUUUUCGGAGGAUCCAUAUCAGGACAUUGCAGCACUUUUGGCAAACUAUAGCAGUAACCCUGAGCCUGAACCUCAGUUGAAGUCACUUUUACCUCAUAUAACAUCAUGCUUUGGUGCAGAUAAGUCAGUUAAAGAAACAAUUGAAGAGCUUAAAAAACACCAGCAGAGUACUGAACCAUCGGUGGUAGAGUGGGCAAAUGAAGCUCUACAGGGUCUUGGAAAGGGUGCUCCUUUUUCUCUUUGCUUAAAUCAAAGGUAUUUUUCUAGAGUUGCAUCUGGAUGUAAAAGAGGCAAUGAAUUAUUGACGCUAAGUGAUGUCAUGAAAACUGAAUAUCGCAUUGCUGUAAGAUCUUCUUUGCGUAGUGAUUUUGCUGAAGGUGUCCGAGCAGUGUUGGUGGACAAGGAUCAGAAUCCAAAAUGGAAUCCCUCUAGCUUAGACGAGAUUAGCCAAGAUGAAGUGGAAGCACUUUUUGAACCAUUAGGCCCGGGAGUUGAGGAGUUGAAUGUCUGAGGUUCAUGUAUCAGGUUGAACUAUUCUUUCCUCGUUGUUAUCAAUAAGCUACAUGUAUUUUAGAAACGCAAGAGACAAAUUUGGAGAUGGAGAAAAUAAAUUAUGGGUCUUGGUGAGGAAUGCUUUUAAAACAGUUCUUGAUAACUUGCUGAUUAAAAAAAAAAAAUGUUAAUGACUUAAAGUUUUAUUUUUGGAUUUAUUUCUUGAUGUUAAAUGGAAGAUUUUUGGUUUUUCUAUCAGAAGUAGUUCAUACUAGAAGUAAUAUUUGUCAUGGAUAGACCUUGAAUAUCCUAGGCUCGGAUCAAUUAUCUUUCUUAAUGGUAUAUCAUUAUUUGAUAGGUUAAUGGAAAUGGCACCCUCCAGGUCGGAUUUGUUCAUUGGAAAAAUAAAUGAAGAGAGCAUCAAAGUCGAGUGUUCUUGUCAUGAGCGCACGUUUAGGUGCAGCGGAAAGAUGACGCUACGGGUACAGGUGAUUUUUUUUUUUUUUUCUAUAAUAAUUUUUUUAACAAGAACUCUAAUUUGAUUACACCAAGUGAAGUGAAGCGUGAAAGGAGGAACAAGAAUGAAUAUCAUUUGUUAUU